AUGAACACGAACAAAACGCAUGCAGUUCUGUCGGACCCCAACAAGCGUAUCCUCUAUGACGUCGGAGCCUACGACAGCGACGGCGACGACGAGGGUGCAGGAGACAUACUGGGAGACAUCCUGAAGGCCAUGAACCACACACCUCCACACCUGGAAGACGGCAAGCGCGAGAGCUUGGAGGAUCUGCAGAAGCAGUCCGAGGAGCUGUUCCUCAAGCCCGGCGCUUGCUCCUCCAAGUCGCUGCCGCAGCCGUCGUCCUCCUCCUCCAAGACAAGGGCAGGCAGGAAGUAG